ACAGCGACAUGUAGAGGGAAAUAUAUCACCGUGACUCGCAUCAUCAUCUGUACCACAGAGAUCAAUAUCUCGCAGUUACAGUCGUGAUGGGGUUUCACAAUAGACUGUCCUCCGUAUCGAGGACUUGUAUUGUUCCCCGUUUACUCUGCCUCAUGAGUUUCGCUGUCAUUUGUCUGGCGGAGAAUACUGAGAUGGUGAAUGUGGUGACGGAGAGGAAAGCGGAGGAGAGUCACCGGCAGGAGAGUGCCAAUCUGCUCAUCUUCAUCAUGUUACUCACACUCACUAUCCUAACCAUAUGGCUCUUUAAACACCGCCGCUUCAGGUUCCUACACGAGACGGGUCUGGCUAUGAUCUACGGCUUGUUUGUGGGUGUGAUUCUGCGCUUUGGGGUGCAUUCACCACAAGACUUAAAUGAUGUAACAUUGAGUUGUGCAGUGAACGGCAGCCCCACCACACUGCUGGUGAACGUGAGCGGCCGUUUCUACGAGUACAGUCUGAAAGGAGAGGUCAGGGACAGCAAAGGCCAUGAUGUGCCAAAUGCAGAGAUGCUCAGGAAGGUUACUUUUGAUCCAGAGGUUUUCUUCAACAUUUUGCUUCCACCAAUCAUCUUUCAUGCAGGAUACAGCCUCAAACGAAGACAUUUUUUCAGAAAUUUGGGCUCUAUCCUCUCCUAUGCCUUUGUGGGCACGAUGACAUCAUGCUUAGUUACAGGUUUGGUGAUGUACGGCUGCGUGGUUAUUAUGAAACUGAUUGGUCAGCUUGGAGGGGAUUUUUUCUUCACUGACUGCCUGUUCUUUGGUGCUAUUGUAUCUGCGACAGACCCAGUGACCGUUCUGGCCAUUUUCAAUGAGCUGAAAGUUGAUGUGGAUCUCUAUGCACUGAUGUUUGGCGAGAGCGUUCUCAAUGAUGCCGUGGCCAUCGUCCUGUCAUCGUCUAUAGUGGCAUACCAGCCUGAGGGAGACAAUCGUCACACGUUUGAUGCUAGUGCCCUGCUCAAGUGCCUGGGUGUCUUUCUGGGGGUUUUCAGUGGGUCUUUUGUGAUGGGGGCUGCGACUGGAGUCAUGACAGCUCUGGUCACAAAAUUCACCAAACUUAGAGAUUUUCCCUUGUUGGAAACAGCCCUGUUCUUCCUCAUGUCCUGGAGUACUUUCCUAUUGGCUGAGGCCUGUGGCUUCACUGGUGUGGUGGCUGUGCUCUUCUGUGGCAUUACUCAGGCUCACUAUACUUACAACAACCUUUCUGACGAAUCUAAGUGCAGAACCAAACAGUUGUUUGAGCUGCUGAAUUUCCUGGCUGAAAACUUCAUCUUUUCAUACAUGGGCUUGACACUUUUCUCCUUCCAGCACCAUGUCUUUAAUCCCUUCUUCAUUAUAGGUGCUUUUCUCGCCAUAUUUAUUGGAAGGGCAGCUAAUAUCUACCCCUUGUCUUUCCUGUUAAACCUGGGCCGCAAGAACAAAAUCGCAUCCAAUUUCCAACAUGUCAUGAUGUUUUCAGGGCUUCGAGGAGCCAUGACCUUUGCCCUCUCAAUCAGGGACACUGCGACAUAUGCCAGGCAGAUGAUGUUCUCCACCACUCUUCUCAUCGUUUUUUCCACUGUGUGGGUGUGUGGAGGCGGGACCACCCCCAUGCUGUCACUCAUGCAGAUCCGUGUGGGAGUAGACACGGACCAAGAGAAUGCAGUCACAGGACCGGAUGGAAUGGCACAAAGAAGCACAAAGCAUGAAAGUGCUUGGCCGUUCAGACUGUGGUACACAUUUGACCACAAUUAUUUGAAACCCUUCCUCACUCACAGUGGGCCUCCACUCACUACAACUCUGCCAGCCUGCUGUGGUCCAAUAGCACGCUGUCUGACCAACUCACAGGCCUAUGAGUCAGGUCAGCUGCAUGAUGAGGACACAGAACUGAUUUUGAAUGAUGGAGGUGGUUUGAUGUAUGGUGACAUGACGGUCAGCACGGUUGCCCAUGGCAUGCCCACCACCUCCACAACCCAGGCUGGUCGCUACUCACUAGCAGGAACCUCAGACGAUCCUCUCGACCGGGAGCUUGCGUUUGGAGGCACUCGCCUGGUCCUCCCCACAGAUGAGCCUCUGGACCCCCUGAUAUCUUUCCCUCCUCCUCCGCCAUCCCCACCACUGUCUGACCCUCUACGCCACUGAGUCUGAGCCUGUACCUGCCGAACAACUGCUAACUUCCUGCCCUCCGUUUGGCACUUUCUUCCACAAAUGUUAAGCUAUUUAUGCUUUUAUUAUUUUAUUUAUUGUUUUGUGGCAUAUUUAUUUGUCUGGUGGACACUGGAUAAUCUACCAUGGUUGUUGUGGCUAAUCCUUCCUGUUCUCUUCCUAAUUUGUUAAAGAAAGUACAAACAAAUUGUUCAAAUGUGCCACAAAAGAUUCCAAAAGUAUUUCAAGUAGUGUGUCGGAGUAGAUCAGACAGAAACUCUGCAUCUUGUUGUGAAUGCAUUGAUGUCUGGUUUGACAUCGUCAAAUAAUACCUAACUUGUGAACCUCUAUAAAUAAGUGCCUAAUGUCCAGUCCCCUGGUUUUUGUAUUGUGCUAUGUGGCUAAUCAUUGCCUCGUUAAUAUUAAUAUUAGUUUAUGAAAAAGAGAUGAACUAUUUGAAAUUGUUUUCUUACUGUUCCACAUCCAUGAACAUUUAUUAAAUAAGAUUUGGU